AGAAGAAGAAGAAGAAGAAGAAGAAGAAUUCAAACUACGUCAUUUCCGGGUUUCAGGAACCGCCCACUGCGUACAGACCGCGGAUUUUUGAAAGCAACCAUUGAAGUCUAGCGAUAAAUGAUUCUGACAGAACAUCAUGGAAUCCAUUACCGACCCGACUAUAAGUGAAAGGUUCGCCAGUGCGAUGGAGGAGAUCCACAAUAAACACCUUGAAACAUAUGCAGACAUAAUUGACACGGCUGUGGAGUUGUCUCACAAUCACAGACAGUUUGUAAAUUUGGCACUUGAUGCUUGUUUGAAGAAAUAUGAAAAUGACGAGAAGCUGUUUGAGACAAUAAAGGAAAUACAGGGGGACCUGGAGCACAAAAAAAUGUCUCUGAAGGAGAAACGGCGCUCCGUAUCCGAGGUGAUGUCUGCAGUUGAUGAGAAAGAGUUCCAGAAAGAGGACAUUAUCCAGAAAAUUCAGAGACUCAAAGAAGACCAAAUGAAGAGAAAAGAGUUAAUUGAGUCUCAGCACAGAGCAAACAAAGACAGACUGAGAAAUAUCCAGAAAGCCACACUUGUUUUCCAGACACAUUUGGGGUUGGAGAUUCGGCCGAUCAAAGGUGAAAAGCUGCAGUUUGUUUUCCGAAACAUCAGUCUAUCUGACCCGGACAGCACUUUUGUCAUCACAAUAGGGAUAAAUGAAAACGGAUCCUACCAAUUUGUGUCCAGCGACCCAGUGCUCGAGUGCUUGCCAGUCUUGGAAAGCCGACUCCUGGAGACCAACAAUUUAGCUGCAUUCCUGGCAAACGUCAGAAAGGAGUUUACCUCUAAGGCAGUUUAGAAACGAUUGUUUCAGAAACCUUUGCUCCCAUGGUCCGUCUUUACCACCAUCACAUCCAAUAAUCAAAGAAAAUGUCUGUUUAUUUUCAUCUUCCAGGUUGAUCUGUGAAAUUCGUUUUUCUAUAGCUGUGGAUUUCUACCUAAAAACGGAUAAUUGAUCAUAAGGCAAAUUGGGAUUUAAAUUUCUGAGUGCUAGUUUUGCCUAAUUGAGUAGAGCUUGGGGAUUUUACAGUUUAAUACAAAUUUACAUGUUGGAAUUUCCCAACCUUGAAUUUUGACCGGAUUAAAAUCGCUGUCGGACCCCGGGCGAACUCCUGAAAAAUGUAAUCAGUCAUUUAUAUGUAAACAGUUUUUAUUUAUUAUUAUUUUUUUGUUUAAAAUCAGUGCUCAUUUUACAAACAGCAGGAACAUCAAUGCCCCUCCAUGUAUAUUGUUUUUUUUGCAUAUCAAUGUGAUAAACUACAUGUUCUUAAACUGUUCCCACCUUCUGACCUUGUACAUGAUGUAUUAUAAAUAAUAAAAAUAAACAUAUGAAAGUCCAUAAA